UCCUAGUCCACACUGGAACAAAGGGCGGGUCUUUCACUUGCCCUUUUUUCCCUCUCUAGGGUUUUAAACAGGGUCUUCUUCAAUUUCGACCUCGAUUGCAAACCAGACCAAAAAUCCAACAAUGGCAUUCUCGUUUUACUCCACGCCACAGCCACAGCCACAGCAACAGCAGCAGUCGCUGUUUCAAACUCAGCAGCCCUCACAGCUUUUUCAGCAAAGCAGUCCCUUUUUCUCACAACAACAACAGCAACAGCCGCAGCAGCAAUUUCAGCCACAGCCGCUUCAAUUUCAGCAGCAGCAGCAGCAGCAGCAACAACAGCAACAGCAGCAGCAGCAGCAGCAGAUGUUUUUGUUUACGAAUGACAAGGCUCCGGCGAGUUAUAGUACCAAGUGGGCUGAUCUCCAUCCCGAUUCCCAGAAAAUUCUUCUUCAGAUUGAGGAACGGAUACUGGGGCAUAGGGAUGAGAGUCAGAGGCUGGAUCAAUGUAGUCGUCUCUACGAUUCUUCAGUUUCAAAUGAUACUUUCGAGCAUGAUGCCAGUCGUAUCCUUCAGGAACUUGGGGGAAUUGGUACUGCCAUGGACCGACAGAAAGCUCUUCUGCAUGAGUUGAUGGCUAUUGUGAAAGAUAUGUUACGGAACAGCGAGGUUGCUGUUCGUACUUUCAUGAUUUUACGCCCACGGUUUCUUCAUCCAAAUACAGGAGGUACUUCAAAUGCCAUUGCACCGUCACAGGGUUCUGGAGCAACCGCACCACCUGGUUCAAGUAGUCAACCAACAGCUACUUCUAUAGUGCCAGUUUUUGAUUUCUACAACGGGCUUCCAAGGAAACCGUCUCCCUUCCUACAGCAAACAAUUGCAAGAUUCGAGAAGUAUCUUGUUGAGUGUCGUCAGUGGAUUGAAGAAUUAGAGCAGCUUCUUUUAGCCUCAGAGAGGAAUUCUGCCAAUGAUGGCUCCUCAUUGUUGCAGUCUCUUCCAAAAGUCAUGUCAAAUGUGCAUGACUUUUUUGUUCACGUGGCAGCUAAGGUGGAGAAUAUUCACCAGUACAUUGUAUCCAUGAAAUCAGCUUAUCUUGCUAACCAGCGCCGCCUAGGGGAUGGGAAUGAUCCAUUUCUCGAGGCUGAUCGCCGGGAAACAGCUAGGCAAGAAGCUGCUGCUAAGAGGGUGCAUCCAACUUUGCAUUUACCUGCAACUUCACAACCAUCAACACAAGUUGCUGGAUUGUUUGCCAGUUCAGGAACUCAGGGGGCAUCACCUGCCCCCCAGAUAUCUACAGCUGCUAUUACAGCUUCCUCCGGGAGUGGACUCUCACUUUUCAACACCCCUUCUGCUCCAUCUUCUUCCAUGUCUUCCUCUCUGUUUGCUACACCAAUCACCUCUGGUCCUAUAUCUUCUCUUUUUGGAUCUUCCUCUGCUACGCCUCAGACGUCACUGUUUAGUUCUUCCUCAGCAUCUUUGUUUGGAGCUGCUUCAACUCCCUCUCUGCUAGGAAAUACUGCUCCAGCCUUCGGUUCAACUACUCCUACUGGAAGCUCAUUAUUUGCUUCAGGUGCUCCUGCAACAGGGCUGGGGUCUAGCUUUACUUCAUCGAAAUCAGCAAAACCAAAAGGCCGGGUUGGCCGGCGGUAGCUGCAGUGGUUUCAGGUCACACAAUGUGGAUGAAAGCUCUUAUGCUAGAAAACGUCUGUGUUCUUAAAGUGUCGAGAAUUAUUCUCUUUGUUCUCUGCGUGACUUGAGUGUGGCUCAUUUUUCUGUGGAGUGAACGGAUCUCCAGAGAUAUAUCACUAAAUCCAAGUCCCAAGAGAAUCAUAUUUCAUUUCAAAUGCUGCUCAGCCAUGUCGUCUGUGUACUGCCUCCUCGCUGCAAACGCUUUCUGCGUGCUGUAAUGUUACAAUGAGAUGUUGGAAGAUUCAUGUCACCAACUUCACUGUAUAAUUUUAGGGUAGAAUCUAGGUCCCAAUUUUUUUGAAUGUGUUGACAAGAAAAAGUGUAGGCCCAUCCUUGAGAUAGACAUGUUUGAUCUGAGAUGUCAAAUAAACAUGUGAAAUUGUCUAAUGUUGGAUUUGUUGGUGGGUCAAGUUGUGCCAACCAUGUGCUGAUACUCAACCUCAAGAAUGUUGUGUUCUCCAUGUUUUUUGUUUGAUGUGUGAAUUGAAUUCUCAUGAAAAAUCGUUUGAACCA